GCUGGAAGAACAAGACCUGGAAAGACGUUUUGAGCUGCUGACCAAGGAGCUUCGAGACAUGAUGACGAUCGAAGACUACCAGAAGAACCAGGCCCACAAACACAGAGAGCAGCUCCUGCUCCAGGAGCUGGUGUCUCUAGUCAACCAGAGAGACCAGCUGGUUCACAACAUCGACGCCAAAGAACGAGGAGCCCUGGAGGAAGACGAGCGUCUGAACCGCAGCCUUGAGCAGCGAAGGAGGAAGUACGCCAAGGAGCAGAAAGAAAAGUGCGUCGUUCAGUGAGGAAGAAGCCAAACUCUGGAAAACUGAGCCAUAUUUUUAGGAACCCACGGACAAAUCUGUGAUUUUUUAUUUUUCUGCAAAAAGUCAAAACCAGUUUGAGCUCCCGUUCCCACGGGGGGUUUCACUUCUUUGUGCCUUUUUAAGAUUAAAAUCCUUCGGAAGGAUUACGAGAGGAGAAAAAAAGAAACUUCACGGGUCAAAGAUGUUUUUAAAGAAACUCUUUUUAUUUAUUUUCUCUAAGUUACUGAAGUGAAACGUUAAAGUGGUUUUUAUUUAAAUGUGAAAGCCAUAAAGAGAGUUUCCAAAGAUUUUAAGAAAAACAGCAUCGACACUUUUAUUGUUUCUACGUUUCUUUGCUCUGAAAACAAGUGACUCCAUUUGUGAAAAGUUAUAGAGAAAAAAAAUCAUUUAUCUUUCUGUAACAGGAUACAUUUAAUAUUUUAAGUAUUUGUGGUUUUUAUGAGAUGUUUCUUCUUAUAGUUUGUCUGAAUUUCUCGUUGAGGUUUGUGUGUUUUUUUUGAGACUUUAGUGUCAAAUUUGCACUGUUUAGAAAUACAAACCAUCUGAACUCUUUAAC